AUGACAGGUCCCUCGCCAUUUACUGGGCUGCCUACCGAAAUCCAACAAAAUCCCUUUCCCACCCCGAAUCCAACCACAAAUUCUCAACCCGUUAAUCUCGCUCAUUAUGAUCUCCCCGUUUCCAGUUUCGUGUCGCUCUCUGAGUCGGCAUUGGGUCUUGGAAAAAAGCGGGCCUUCACCAUUCGCUCCAGCUCUGGGAAGGCGAUCCCUAUCAAGCAACGGAAGCCGACGUCGAAUGUAUCCUACGAAAGCAUGGUCGCUGCGAGGACCAAGACGAAGGAAGGGCGUGCGAAACGCGGAUAUUACGGCGUUGAUAUCAACGAUCUCAUCGAUACAGCCACCAAGGAGCUAGCCGACCGUCGAACUCAGCGAAUUGAGCCCUCGAACUCGAACGACGUCGUCCGUCCUUCGACCGAAACGGCCCGGACGACGGGUUCCAGACCUAGGAAAUCCCUUCUAUGGACGGAGAAAUACCGGGCAAGGACCUUUAUGGACCUCUGUGGCGACGACGGCACCAACCGAAUGGUGCUCCGGUGGCUGAAGCGGUGGGAUCCCUUGGUUUUCCCAGGAGCCGCGAAGAAGAAGAACCCUAUUAUCCGCAGAUCCGGCAUCAAGGAUCGGGCUGAGGAGGAAAAGCCACACCGCAAAAUUCUCAUGCUGACGGGACCUCCCGGACUUGGAAAGACGACCUUGGCUCACGUCUGCGCCCGACAGGCUGGCUAUGAGGUCGCGGAGAUCAAUGCCAGUGACGAACGGAGCCGCGAUGUGGUAAAAAACCGCAUACGAACCAGUCUAGGGACCGAGAGCGUCAAGACCGUUGAGAACGUGAAGACGCACGGAGAUGAGGGCUACAAGCAGAAACUGGCCCGGCCAGCCUGUGUCAUUGUGGACGAAGUGGACGGCGUCGUCAGCGGAUCCGGGGCCUCUGGUGAAGGCGGUUUCGUGAAGGCCUUGAUCGAUCUCGUCCUUCUCGACCAGAAAAACAGCGCAGCAGCGGGCGCGUCAAGCUCGACCUCAACGAACCGCAAGAAAAAGAAGGGCGACGACUUCAGACUGAUGAGACCUCUAAUUCUGAUCUGCAACGACGUCUAUCACCCAUCUCUCAAACCUCUGAGGCAUUCCAACUUGGCAGAGAUCAUCCACGCCGGGAAGCCAGGCGUCGAAGCAGUUGUGUCACGCCUCGAAACGAUUUUCCACAAAGAAGGCAUACCCUGUGAAAAGGACGCUGCAAGAAAGAUCUGCGAGGUUGCCUGGGGUAUGCCGAAUGGGAUAGAUGCGAAGCGAGGUGUCCAUAGCGGAGCUGAGGGCGACUUGCGAGGCGUCUUGGUCGUGGGAGAAUGGGUUGCCGGGCGAUAUAGGGCCACGGCGUCGAGCGGCACACCCCUGACACGGAAAUGGCUGGAAAAGCAUGUGAUGCAGGACCUGGCCAACGGAACCGGCGGAGCGCGGGGCCUCGGCAGAGGCAGCGUGAAGGACAUCGCCGACCGCAUCUUCCAGGAAGGUGCCGGGUUUCCCAAGCUGGGCCUCCCCAAGCGCACGGAGAUGCAAAAGCAGCAGCACGAACAGCCCAGGGCGCAACUGGGAUUCGCCGAGCACCACAAGAAGCACGCCAUGGAGCGCCUUCAACAGAUGAUCGACAUCAGCGGAGAAAUAGACCGGAUUGUGACGGACGUCAUGCUGGAGUAUCCGAACCGCGAAUUCAACGACGACUCCUUCUUGACCAAGCCGAACGCGGCCUACGACUGGAUUCACUUUCACGAUGCGUGCUCGUCUAGGCUGUACUCAAGCCAGGAAUGGGAGCUCGCGCCGUACCUUUCCCAAUCCCUGCUUGCAUGCCACCAUUUGUUCGCGUCUCCGAAGCGGCACGUGGCUACAAUGGGCUAUGAUACGAAAUGGGGGGGCGGCGACGCUGAGAAAGAAGCCCACGUGCUGCCCUUCUCCGGCCCGCGCGCCGACUUUGAAGCUCGCGAGGCCGAGAAGCGCAACCGGGCUGUGCUGCAGUCCAUCCAAGGACAACUCGGCCCUAAUUUGGUGCGAUCUUUCCGGAGCCCGGAGGACAUUGCGACGGGGUUUUUACCCUAUCUCGUGCGCCUGGUCUCGCCGGACGUGAAGCCGGUCAUGGUCGGAGGCGGCGGAGACCAGAAGGGAGUCGCCAGUGUCCGCAGGGACGCCGAGAAGGCCAUUGUCAGACGGGCAGCCGAGGUCCUCGCCGACGUGGGCAUCACAUUGCAGAAGGGGAAGAUUGAUGGCGAUUCUCUCUUCUCCAGGGGACCCCAGUGGGUCUACCGCCUGGAACCGGAUCUUGAUGCUCUGGCCAUGUUUGAGACGGCCAGCAGUAUCAUUUCUAGCCAGGCACCUACCCGCUACGCGGUGAGGCAAGUUCUUGAGCAGGAGCUCAAUGCCACUAUCGCGAGACGUGAGAAGGAGGCCCGGCAAGCGCGCCUCAGGGGCGGCCAACCACUUUCGCACGAGAGACCUACUGAGCCCGACGACAAAGAGAACUUGCGACAGAAGAAGGAAUCUAAUACCGUGCUGCCGGUGGGAUUCAAGAAGGAUUUCUUCGGACGGAUCAUCGAGACUAGGCCGCUACAGGAGUUAGACCCUAAUAGCGCUGAGAGGAUGAUGAAGGCGAGCAUGGGGAAGAGGAAGGUCUGGGUUACAUAUCAUGAGGGAAUGAAUAAUGCGGUCAGGAAACCCAUUUCCCUACAGGAGUUAAUGAAGGGAAUGUAG